AUGUCGCAUCUCACUGGAUUCUACCGUGUCGCCACUUCAAAUCAUUACCUUGCUUUUGAUGAUCAAAGCGAGGUAUAUGUCAAGCAAACCAAGCCCUCGACUAGGAUGCGACCUAAUAAGGAGUUCUGGCUGAGCAUUGACGAUGGUCAGCUUGGCAAAUAUGGUAACCCCAAACAGCUCAAGGCAACGAUUCAAGGAAAGCAGUACCGUCUCUGGGUCGAACCUCGAGGACCCUCCAAAUACGGAAUCAUCCCAACCAACAACGCAGGAGACUAUUCCAACCAAUUCCUUUCGAUCGAUUCAAAGGGAAUCUUGUCCAUCUCGGACGAUUGGCUCGCUGAUGAAGAGUUUAUGGUCGAGACCGAUUGA